UUAAUGAAAAUUCAAUAAUUUCCAAAAUAAGCUCUAGCUAGUGCUGUCGUGAAUUCGUUUUUAAUUAAAUUUUUCUCUAAAUCAGUUAAAAAUUUCAGAAGUUUUCGGUUAAAAAGUGCAACAACAAUUUCAACUUCACAUGCUGCAUUCGAAAAGUGUUUAUUUAACGUUGAUUUUCACGUGUUUUCAUCGAAAUUUUUGCACUCUUCGUUUUGUUCAGUGAAUUUUUUUCUUUUGGUUUUUUUUCGUAUUGACCAGAGGCAGGCUCGCUGCUGCUACUGCCAAAGUAUAUUUGUUCACGGGUUUGUGUGUGCGUCGUCGUGUGUGCUGUUAAAAAAUAUUGUAUUUUGUUUACAUUUUUUUCCCUUCAUAUUGUUGACCUGAAAUAAUGAAAAAAUCGUUUAUAAAAAACCAAAACAGUCCAAAAAUAAGCGCGUGCAAAUAAAUAAAAGAAGGAAAAAGUGUUUAAUUGUUUGCUAAAACCUGAAACAAAAAAUAGUUUUGUUUAUGAUUUCAUAUGGUUUGGAAAUGAAAAUGUUUUUGGUUGAUUGAUUUUGCAAAGAAGAAAGAAAAUUAAAAUUUUCCCAUUAAAAAAAAGUUAAAGUAAAUUAAUUUCCAAUUGGAUUUAUUUAUAUGUGUGGUUGAUCUGAUUAAGGGCCAAGGUGUUUUGUGAAAAAGUUUCAACAACAAUUUAAUGUCGGUUGUUGUCGUCUACAAUUUCGAUUGAUUGACUAAGUUUGAACAGUAGCAAAGUGGCAAAAAACAAAGUCAAAACCAACAACAAAAGCAGCAACAAAUGCUAAUACACGAUAACAACAAGUAGUAAAAUUUCGUAUUAAUGCAGCAACAACAACAACAGCAGCAGCAACAGCUAACAAAUCAAACUGUAUCACAAUCAUCUUUGCAAUUUCAAUUGCAAACUCAGCCAACACAUCAUCAGCAACAUUUAGGCAAUAAUAUAAUUGUUGUGCGUGGUUCACGCAAUGAACAUGGUGAAAUUGUCAUACAAAAUAAACAGGACAUCUUUACAUUUCUCAGUGAACAUCAUCAACAGCAACAACAACAACAACAGCAGCAACAAUUGCAACAACAACAGCAACAAUUACAGCAACAAAAUGAAAAAGCCACCGUGGCCACAUUAACACAAUUGCCCUCAACCACAACUGUUGCACGUAAAACUAGUAUUUCCUUAAUUGCUAACAAUGUUGGCAUUGGCAAUAGUGGAACCACAUCCUCAUCGUCAUCAUCAUCGUUGUCGUCAUCAUCAACAGCAGCCACAAAUACAGCCGUUACAAUCCCUAAGGAAACCAAUACAAUUCUAUUACAAACUCCCAUUAAUGCUAGUCAAUUGGAAACCGUACUAUUGCAGUCGGGACAAUUAAAAAAAUCGAAUUCCACUGUUACAUCUGGAACGGAAAGACCAUUCCUAUUUAAGAAUGCUUCACGCAGUUUAAGCACCGAUAGCAAUCGCUUUGGUACGGUCACGGCAGCAACUGGCGAUGAUAAAGGACCAUUUGUGUUGCAAACAUUAAAGCGUUUAGAAAAAUCCCAGUCUAUCCUAGUCAUACGCAAUUCAUCUUCAUCAGCAACAGCAACAACAUCAGGUGCCAAUUCUACCUCAUCUUUAUCGAAUUCCUCAUCAUCUUUGGCCACAUCCCUAACGGUCGAACAUAAACUAAGCUUAUCUUCAUCAUCUUUGUCCUCCAUUCAACAGCAACAGCAGCAACAACAACAACAGCAACGUCAACAGCAUGUACUUGCAACGACAGCUGGUGUCAACACGACUAAAGGCGGCAGCACUAUAACAUUUACUCGCACCAAAAAGUCUCAAAAAUCAAAUGCAUCGAACAACAACAAUGUUGUUACAACUACCACAACCAAAUUGGGUGAUAUUUUAGCUUCAGCAACUGGCCAACGUCAUUUGUCUACAACAACUAGCAACAAUAAUAACAAUAGUAAAUUAACAAAUGCCACAACUACAACGACAUAUUUGCGUUUGACAAAUGGCAAUAGUAGCAACAACAACAACAAUGGUAAUAAUGUUGCCAAUAAUGUUCAUAAAAAUCAUAAUUCUUCACGUGUAAAUCUCAGUGGUAAUAAUUCGGAAACAAUAUCAACAUCCACAACAACAUCAGCAGUCUCAUCUUCAGCAGGAGCCAGCUCAACAGCAGCAACAACAACUACAUCACAUCUAACUCUGGCUGAUAUCCAGUUGAAACAUGAAAGAAACUCAACAGCAAAUGCAACAGCAGCAACAACAACACCGGGCUUGCUCAAAACCCAUGGGAGCGAUGACAAUCGUGUUAUGAAGAAGGAAGAACAACAACAAUAA